UGAUCUCAGCAACUUCAAUAGUUCUCUUGGUCCUUUUCUUUGGGACCAUAAAUGGAAUGAGACCAAAGUUACCCUCGGACAAGGGACAGGACGAGUCUGAUGACGGGAUAUGCAAAUCGAUGGUUGAGCCUCAGAACUAUGUCUGCGAAGAGCAUACCGUAACGACUGGAGACGGUUAUAUCCUCAGCCUGCAGAGAAUUCCUGUCGGACGAUCCGGUGGAACCUCUGUGGACCGACCACCGGUUCUGUUACAGCAUGGACUCAUGAUGGACGGGAGCACAUGGAUGCUACUCCCCCCAGAGAAGUCACUGGCAUUCCUUCUGGUAGAUAAUGGAUUUGAUGUGUGGAUCGCUAACUCCCGAGGAACAAAAUACAGUCGUGGACAUGUAUCUCUAAGUCCUGAUGACGCAGCCUUCUGGGAUUGGUCUUGGGAUGAACUGGCAUCUUCUGAUCUUCCUGCUGCAUUUGGGUACGUGCAAGACCAAACCAGGCAGAAGCUGCAUUAUGUUGGUCACUCUCAGGGGACUUUGACUGCUUUAGCUGCCUUCUUGAAGGAGCAACUGCUGAGCAUGUUGAGAUCAGCUGCAUUGCUUAGCCCAAUCGCUUACUUGGGUCAGAUGACCUCCCUGCUUGCGAGAAAUGUUGCUGAAGGCUUCAUAGCCGAAACUCUUUACUGGUUGGGUCUCAAUGAGUUCAACCCGACAGGGGAUGCUGUAGCAAAUAUGCUUAAGGAUAUAUGCCAAAAGACUGGGAUUGACUGCAGCGACUUGCUGACAUCUUUCACAGGCCAAAACUGCUGCACUAACUCCUCGGUCGUGGAGCUUCUCCUCGACCGCAAGCUACAGUCGAGUUCCAUGAAGAAUAUGGUCCAUCUCUCACAGAUGGUCAGGGAUGGAACCGUCUCGAUGUAUGACUACGAAGAUGAAGCCGAGAACAUCCAACAAUAUGGGCAACCCACACCUCCUUCAUACAACAUGACAAGCAUCCCCAAUGAUAUCCCUCUCUUCCUGAGCUACGGUGGGGCUGAUGCCCUCUCGGAUGUUGACGACGUGAAGCUGUUGCUGAGGAGCCUCAGGGACCAUGAUGGGGACAAGCUCGUGAUUCAGUACCUGGACAAUUACGCCCAUGCUGACUUUGUCAUGGCUGACAACGCCAGGGAGAUUGUGUACAAUCCUCUGAUAGCAUUCCUGCAGCUUCAGUGAGAAAGCUUGGGAUCCA